AUGUCGACUUGUGACGACUUGGUAUGGGUAGCUUGUAUCUUACAUAACAUGUUAAGGGAUGGUUAUUUGGAAAAUAACAAACGCCCAUACUACGAAUAUGAUCAUGAUCAUGACUUACCUUCCAACAGCAUGUUACCUAUACGUAGAGGAGGUGGAUUUUUACACGCAAACGGAUUCGAGGUGAGAGAACGAUUUAAAACAUUUUUUAAUAAUGAAGGAUCAGUAUCUUGGCAGAGAUAA